CGAGGGACUCGGCGGGCGGCGGGCGGGCGGGCGGACGGGCGGGGCGGGGGCUGAGCGCGCGAGAACAAUCCUCCGAGCGCGGCUGCGGCUGCCGCCCGAGCGGAGGGGGCUCGGGGGAGGCGCGCGAGGCCGGCCCGCCGCGCCCGGAACCGGGAGGGGAACCGAACCGGGAGGGGGACCGGGAGGGAGGCCGGCAGCAGCGGCAUGAGGCAGGCGGCGCGGCGACCGUGAUUUGCGGGCCGCUUCCGCCCGCGCCGUUGCCCUCGUCGGAGCGGCCGCCCGCCCGCCCGCCCGCCCGCCCGCGACCUCGGGGAGCGCAGCGCAGCGCAGCCCGUCGGCCCUCGGCGGCGGGGGGCGGCCCCCAAGGACGUCCGGGAAGGGGAGCGGCCGAGAUGGCGCGCCCGCGGCCCCGCGAGUACAAGGCGGGCGACCUGGUGUUCGCCAAGAUGAAGGGCUACCCUCACUGGCCGGCGCGGAUCGAUGAACUCCCAGAGGGAGCGGUGAAACCUCCAGCAAACAAGUAUCCAAUCUUCUUCUUUGGCACCCAUGAGACUGCAUUUCUUGGCCCAAAGGACCUUUUCCCAUAUAAAGAAUACAAAGACAAGUUUGGAAAGUCCAACAAACGGAAAGGAUUUAAUGAAGGAUUGUGGGAAAUAGAGAAUAACCCCGGAGUCAAGUUCACUGGAUACCAGGCAAUUCAACAACAGAGCUCUUCAGAAACGGAGGGGGAAGGCGGCAACACCGCUGAUGCGAGCAGCGAGGAAGAAGGGGAUCGAGUGGAGGAAGAUGGAAAAGGCAAAAGGAAGAACGAAAAAGCUGGCUCGAAACGGAAAAAGUCCUACACUUCCAAGAAAUCCUCUAAACAGUCCCGGAAGUCCCCGGGGGAUGACGAUGACAAGGACUGCAAAGAAGAGGAAAACAAAAGCAGCUCGGAGGGUGGAGACGCCGGCAACGACACGAGAAACACAGCCUCAGACUUGCAGAAAACGAGCGAAGGGACCUAACCACCGUGUGAACGCUGCCUAUUUAAAGAAACCCCAGAAAGGUUGAGCGCUUGGUUGUCUCAUGUUCUCGGAUUUGCUACGAACCCACGCGAUCCUUGUUGUCAUUGACUGAACCCAGUUUGUAUGUCCUUGAUUCACAUUCCUCUCUGUUUGUGUUUAGAGAAAGGAAAAAAAAAAGACAUUUUAGCCUUUUUUAAAGUUAUCGAUAUAAUUUCUUAUUACUUGGUUGCAUGAAGUUGCCCUUAACCACUGAGGAUUAUCAAGAUUUUUGCACAAACUUAUACAUGUCUAGGAUCCUUUUAUCAAGGCAGCGAUGUUCUGAAGCCUCCUGCCUUACUCCGCCUCCACCACACACUCGGUUCAAUAUAAAUUUGCAUUUUUUUUUUUAAAUGACCACUCAACAGGAUACGUGUCUCCUCUGGGUGACAGGACCCGGGAACCAAUUCCUAGAUACGUAACGCUGGCAUAUGAAGAUGAGAUGCAAAUGGUUCUUCACCCUUGAGGCCAGGUGUAAAGUUGAACCAUGUUGUAAGAUACCGAUUCCGUAUUAGAAAUAGCCCGUUGACAACUUCCUCUUCUCCAGACUCAUGCUGUUAGGCACACACACCCAGUUUCUGUAUGUGAGGUCAGUGCGUCUUUUUGUGUUAACUCCAAAAUAGAGGCAACAUUUUCUUUCCCCCGCUGCCAAGACAAUUCAGGCGAGGCUCCCGAGGAGGGAACUUGACAUUUUAAAGCUGGACAUCAGCAGCAGCCCUAUGGGAAACCAGACGGAGCAUCGACUUUUAAAUACAAACUUUUUAAAGAACUUUUCUUUCAGGACUAGAAUUAGAAUAGUUCCUCUCCAUCCACACGCCAUCGUUCUGUGUCCAUUCUUGUUGCCGUUGUGAUCAUAGAGAGUUUUAUUUAUUUUUAUGCCAGCCUAUAUUGUGAGGACACAUUUAGUCGGUUUGGGUUUCCGCAAUCCUGUUAUGCUUGUCUUUGAAACAUAUUUCACGUACUCGAGGUUUGUAGUUGAAAAGUUUAAUGUAAAAAAAAAAAAAAAAGAAGAAAAAAAAUGUAUUGUUUUUACAGAAUAAAUUUAUUGGAAUGUGUCCCGGGAGUAAGGUUUGAGGUUGUAAACCACUAAGUUGGUGUAACUUGGCUUCAUAAAUGUACUGUGAGGUAUUGAUGUAAUUCACAUAUUAAAGCGAAGUUUGUUGACAGCAA